CAACAAACAAAGGUGGCCUGCGUUAGUUCAAUUUGAAAUUUGUACAAUCAUAACAUUAUUACUCACAUUACAAUUUGGACGUCGUAAGCGCGACAAGCGUACGGUUAAAAUAAAAUGCUUUAAAAUUGUGGAAAACGUGUUUUAAAAAAAAAAAAACAAAAUUCGUAUAACAAUAUUAAAUUAGACGUGCAAGUUCUAUUCAAGCAAUACAAAUUUUGAAGAAUUCAGUUCCUAACGGUGAAAACCAGUUGCACGACAACAAACAACUCAACGAGCAAGAUCAAAGUACUGCAAUCAGCACAAUUCCAAUUGGAAGCGCUCAAAUUUCCAGUCUAAAAUGGACGCCAAGGAGGACAACAAACAGCAGCAGCAGCAGGAGCAGCCCAUUCGGAACACGGAUGUGCCAAUGCGCACGGACAGCGAGAGCUCCACGGACAGCACAAUGCGCUUUGUGCUGCCCAGCCUCGAUGGCAGUCCACCAAAGGUGGUCACCAUGGACGAGGUGGCCGGCAUGCUAAAGGAUCUCAAGAACAUGGAGCUGGCGCAUGAGAUAGCGCUCAAUCCGGAGUUCAAGCUGCAGCCAUACGAGCCGCCCCUAGACAGCCUGGAGGGUCGCAUCAAGGCCAUGGUGCACAAGGCCUUUUGGAACUUGCUGCGCGAGCAACUGGAACGUGAUCCGCCCUCCUAUGAUCAGGCCAUACGGCUGCUGGGCGAGAUCAAGGAGGAUUUUCCGCAGCUGCUCUCGCCGAACAAUGCGAAUGCCCUGAGCCGCAUCAAUGCUACCCUGGACGAGGCUCUAAUCCGCCAGCAGGCGGAGCAGGGCACCCUGGACUUUCGAUCAUACGCCAAUUUUGUCAUCCAGCUGCUGGCGAGCAUGUGCGCGCCGGCACGCGAUGAGACGGUGGCCAAGCUGCGCGAAAUCGAUGAUGUUAUCGAUACAUUCCGGGGCAUCCUGGAGACCAUGUCCCUGAUGAAGCUGGACAUGGCCAAUUUUAUGGUGUCCGCGGCGCGCAACGAUAUUGCGGCCAACUCUGUGGAGUAUGAGAAGCGAAAGUUUAGCACAUAUUUGCGCGAGUUUCAUGGAAAUGUUGGCUUUCCGGCCACUGAGGAUUGGCUGCUGCGACAUCGGGCCGGCUGCAGCAGCAAUGAUGACAUCAUCUUCAAUGCGUUCAGGCAGCUGCUCAACUAUCCGGCGGACAAGGAGUUUCCGGAGCUGUUGAGCAUCGAUAAGGAACGCUUCGGCGGACUCAGCUGGCGCGGCCAGCGUCUUAUUCUGUGCGCCUCGCUCAUCUCGAUAGCGCAGGGCGUGCCGGUCAUAUCGCAGCGACGCGAAAAUCGCGUCAAGCUGGCCCAGCAGCUGGACAUCCUCGUACAGGACGUGAAGCGCGAGGACCAACUGAGCGCCGCCCUCGACGGCUGCUACGAGCAGAUACGCGCCUUCAUCAACAAAGCGCUGGAGAACGAGCAGCUGCCUCCGCUCAGCGAGCCGCAGCAGGCGCAGAUCCAGAGCCAAGUCCAGCAACUGGCCAACAAGACGUCGCCCGUGCGCACGCUCAUGGCCAACCGAUUGGAUGGAUUUGUGCGCGUCGCGCUGCGCUCGAACGGCAACAUACCGCCGCCGCCCGCCGGCUUUGCGGACUUUGAGGAGGAGCUGGUCGCCUUCAUAGCCUCGUUCCGACGUCUUGUUGGCUACAAUCAUGCCGUCUUCGGGGAAUACUUUACGCAGCUGCUCAAUGGCAAGCAGCCCGCGGUCGAUGCCAACAACGGCGGCAGCAGCAGCACCAACAGCAGCAACACCGCCGGCAACAGCAGCAGCAGCAGCAACAACAACAGCCUGGCAGCGACUGCUGCUGGCCUGGCCCAAACGGCCAAGCCUUAGAGCGAGCCAGCAAUAGGCGAGCGAGCGAGAGAGAGAGAGAGAGAGAGAGAGUGAGUGGAAGACGACGUCUGCUUGGGGCUCAUGCGUUGGAAGCGCAAAUGUUGAUGCAUUAACUAGCUAAAGCCCAACAAACCCACGAGCCACAACAACAACAACAACAACAUUGACAACAUUGACAACAACAACAUUUGGCACAAAUCCUUAACUAAUUAAGCCUAGCUAAUAGCCAAAUGCAACAACAACAACAAUUGUUAAACGGGUGCGCUUAGAGCCAAGUGUUAAACUAGGCCUAAAAUAAAGCCACCAAAACACACACACACACACACACACACACGUUUGUGGGCUGCGUGCGAAGAGAAGGGCGUCUGUGAUAAAAGUAAAAGCAAGGAAAAGCCAACGUUCAAGAAGAAAACGAACACAAAACACAACCAAGCUAAUAGCCAGCUAUAUUCGGGCCUAAAUAAACAACAACAACAACAACAACUGACAACAAGAAGAAGAACAACUGACAGCUGCUAUUCUUCGAUAUACAACAAUAUUAAACAUCAAAUAUAUGAUUAUUUCUAUUAAAACAUAAUCUUAAUAAAUUAAGAAAACAAAAACAUAACAUAAAUAAGCCACCAUAUUUAACAUAUUUACACAACUUAUAUAUAUAUAUAUAUAUUUACAUACCUGUACUAGCCGUAACUCGACUGUAUUUAGUUGUUGGUUCUACAUAUUGAUCCACCUGCGAUAAUGUGCUAAGUUCUUAAAGCGAAUUCUAAACAUAGUUAAAUAACCUAUAUAUAUAUAUCUAUUCUAAGUCUAAGAAAACGCUUUUCAAUAAAUCAAUUCGAAUAAUGUGAGAAACAAAAAGCGAGAUAAAGCGACAAAGUAACGUGUUUUGAGAAUCGAAUAGAGAGGCAAUUCUCGAAGGUUUCCUUUUGCAGAGAAAAAAUUCUAUAUUGAAACAUUUUUUUGGUUUCUGACAAAUUUCGAGAAAUGUAAAUUGCAAAAUUAAUUUAUUAAAGAAUGUGCAGAAAAUAAGCAAAGUUUACGCAAUAAUUUAUCAAAUGUAACUUGGUUUUUUUUUUAAUUUACAGCAAAUUUAUAUAAAUAUAAGUUUUAAAUAUGUUAUUGAAAAGAAAAAGAACUUGGUUUCUUGAUUCUAUUGUGUUAUACGAAAUAUGUGAAUAGUUCUGUGCGGAAUAGCUGCAAUAUAAGUGUGUAAUUUUAAUCGAAAAUAAAACAAAAUA